AAGCUCAACGUAUAAACACUACCAUGGAGAAAUACCCCCUAUAUUUGUAAAGCUUGAAUUGAUUGAGUAGUGUAGUAGUUGAUCUUGCCAUGAUCACCACAAUUAUGUUCUUCAACUGCAGCCAUGGAGACAUGAUGGAAAGUGUUGUGAGGAAACAAGCUAAGCAAGCCCAGCAUGAUCGACUUGUUGGAGUUAGGACUGCAACACCAAUCUUGCUCCACUGAUAUAAACUUUGUAUUCUAUAUUCCAGCAUUGUACCUAUAUAUAUACAUGUCUAUAUUCCAGCAUUGUAAUAAUAAUUACCACACCAGGUAGCCUGCGAAUCGAUUCGAGGAUGACGAAGAGUAGUUGGGUGUGGGCUGUGGUGGCGGCGGCGCUGAUGGGGAGUCUGGUGCAGGAAACCCAAGGGGCCCCGCCUUGCGGGUCCACUUUUGUCUCCGCAAUCGUCCAGCUCUUGCCGUGUAGGCCGGCGGUUUCCUCCUUUCGGCCCUUCCCACCCAGCGAGGCUUGCUGUGCUGCCCUCCGGUCUCUCGGGCAGCCGUGCUUGUGCAGCAUCCUCAGUGGGCCUCCCAUUGUCGGAGUUGAUCGCAACAUGGCUCUCCAGCUCCCGGACAAAUGCACUGCCAACUUUGAACCCUGUGAAAUGGGAAAGUAACAUCGCCCCGGAAUGCGAAAAAAGCUGAAUCGGAAGAUGAUGUGAUUACACAUGGAAGGGGAGGGCCAUUUGGGGUUCUAAUUAUCAGAAUAGAUAUAGAGAUGAUAAGUUUCUGGCACAGAUGAUUAUUGGUUAUUAGAUUUAGCCUUAAACUUGAAUAAAGUGACUGUAAGGUU